GGUGAGUUCUUGGAACCAAAUGGGGGUCCGAUUUUACCCCUUUUGUCCAGACGCCAACUGAAACAAUAAUUCGCUUCUCUCUCUACUGUCGCGUGAUAAACCCCAGCAUUUCCAUUCUCUUGUGGGCAUUUCUCCUCUCUCUCUCUUUUUCUCUGAUCUGCUCUUCUCUUUGUGGUGACAAUGCUUCCAUCCAAAUCUAAAUCUGGCUUAUCUGACACUCCAAAUAACAAAACCAGACCAGCUACCCCAAGAGUGAGCAAACAUGGCAGGGCCGGAUCCACCAGGUCGGACUCUGCGUUGCCAUCCCCUGUGCAGAAGCUGCGCUUAUCAGUUGAUCGGUCACCGAAAUCGGUAGAGUCGAAGCCUGCCACUAAGACCAAAAGGACUGAUAAACAACCGCGUACAUUGAAGGGAUCAGAGCUUCAUGCACAGUUGGAUGUUGCUCAGGAAGACCUGAAGAAGGCAAAGGAGCAGUUGGCUUCAGUAGAGCAAGAGAAGAUCCGGGUUCUUGAGGAAUUGAAGGAUGCAAAGAGAUUGGCUGAUGAUGCAAAUGAGAAGCGCAAGGAAGCUAUUGUUGCUCAGAAGAGAGCUGAGGAGAGCUUUGAGAUUGAGAAGUUCCGGGCAGAUGAAUUGGAACAAGUGGGCAUUCAAGCUGCACAGAGAAAGGAGGAAGAAUGGAAGAAGGUGCUCGAGAACAUCCGGAACCAACAUGCUGUGGAUGUCUCGGCAUUGCUUUCCGUAACUCAGGAAAUCCAGAGAGUGAAACAAGAACUAGAAAUGGCCACCGAAGCAAAGAACAGUGCCCUCAGCCAUGCUGAUGAUGCUAUGAAAAUUGCCGAAAUCAAUGCAGAGAAGGUGGAGCUUUUGUCUGGGGAAGUUAACCGUUUACAAUCCUUGCUGGAUUCCAAGCUGGAGGCUGUGAAUAAUGAAGCAGCAGAAAUGGUGAAGAAGUUGGAUUCUGAAGUUGAUGCUUUAAAGCAAGAACUUGAAAGAACAAAGGCAGCCGAGGAGAAGUUGAUUGAGAUGGAAUCAUUUUCUGAAGGGCUUCGGAUUGAGCUAGCUGAUGCCAAGAAGGCUGAAUCAGAUUCAACUACGCUCGCUGAGGAGUGGAAGAAGAAGGCAGACUUGUUAGACGUUCGGGUAGAGGAAUUGAAGCAGUCUGAAAAAUCCUUAUCAGAUUCCUUGGCACCUGCAAUGAAACAGCUAGAGGAAAGCAAUGCCUUGUUGGAAGAUGCCGAAUCUGAGAUCGCUACUCUUAAAGGAAAGAUGGAAUCCUUGGAGACUGAGGUUGCUAGGCACAAAACUGAUCUCGAUGAAUCACAUAGAUGUCUCUAUUUAGCCCAGCAAGAGGCAUUGGACAUAGUGAAGACAGUUGAAGCAUUAAGAUCCAAACUUCAGAUGUUGGAGGAGGAAAAGUUGCAGGCACUGAACAAUGAGAAGGAUGCGGCAUCAAACAUUGAAAGCCUGACAGAGGAAAGGAACAAACUGAUUGAUGAGGUUAAUAUUGCUAGAGAUGAAGGGGAAAAGGUCAAGAAAGCAAUGGAAGGUUUAGCUUCAGCUUUGCAUGAGGUGUCCACUGAAGCUAGGGAAACACAAGAAAGACUUCUAACAAAGCAAGCUGAAAUUGAAGAUGCCCAUGCUCAGAUAGAGCGACUGAAAUCCGCUCUCAAGAACACCAAAGAGAGGUAUGAGGUCAUGCUUGAUGAAGCAAGAUAUGAGAUUGUUUGCCUCAAGAAAACUGUGGAAAGACUUGAAACAGAAGCCAAAAGCUUGACUGGUGAGUGGGAAGAUAAAGAGCUUAAUUUUAUGACUGCUAUUAAAAAGUCAGAUGAAGAACUUGCUUCUCUCAAGGUUGAAAUGGCAAAGAUGGUGGAUGCACUCACAGGAGCAGAGCGUGAAGCAAAAGCUGCAAAGGAGGAUGCAGCCCGGAUGAUAACUAAGCUAAGAGAAGCUGAAUCUACAGUAAUUGCUGCCAAUGAAGCAGCAGAAGAAGCAAAAGCUGAGAGCUUGCGGUUGAAGGAAAGUUUAUUGGACAAGGAGAAUGAGCUGCAGAGCAUCACUCAGGAGAAUGAUGACCUUCGGAUCCGGGAAGCAGCAGCCCUAGAGAAAGUCAAAGAGCUGUCUGCAUUGCUCACAGAGGCCACUGCCAAGAAAACUGAGGAAAAUGGUGAGCUAUCAAACAGUGAAAAAGAUUAUGACCUACUGCCAAACACUUCUGAAUCUUCCGACAUAAAUGCCAAUGGGAGUGAAGCUGAAAAAAUGAAGUCAGAAACACCCUCAGGCAAGCUCGAAGGUUGUUGGACACAAGAACCAAAACCCAAAGAAACUAAUGGCAAUGGAGAUCAAAAUGAUGAAGAAGAACCUCUGGAUGUGAAAUUGUGGGAAAGUUGCAAGAUUGUGGAUAAGGUUCUUGCAUCAGAGAAGGAGCAUGGAGCAGAAUCAAUAGAUGAUGAUCAAGACUUAAAGAUAGAUAGUGGUAGCUUUGAUCAGAUAAAUGGAUUAAUUGAAAACAUGGACAAUGGAGCUACUUCACCUACCAAGCUGCAGCAGCAAAAGAAAAAGAGGGCUUUGCUCCACAAAUUUGGGAGCCUACUGAAGAAAAAGGGAAACCAUAAGUAGCAGAGAAGCUCCACCACAGGUAUCUCAAUAUCUUGUUUCAACUUCUGCAUUGUUGUGCUUUGAGGCUUUGGGUUUUACAGUUCUGAUGCUUGUGUUGAUCUUCCUAGGCAUGUCUGAAAAUUUGUAACAAUAUAGAAGGUCUAUUUGAGAUCGUCUACUGCUCCUUUGCCAGUUUUUUAUGUGUAAUGAGCAUUGUAAAAUUUUUACUAUCACAUGCAUUGCUUGUAGAUUGGAGAGGAAAGAUAACUGUUAUAUUUGUAUAAUAGCUAUGCACUCACUGUACUCAUUGAAGGUAUCAUAUUGAUCUUUACAUUUGAAGAUGGGAUCAUUUUAUA